AGAGCAUACACAACAAGUAAAACGACUGUACCGACUGUGAGAAAUCUCCGAAAAAACACAAAAAUUGUGCCUAAUAAUCAUGGAAUUGCCAAGCUCGUUUCGUCUUGAUAAUGGUGAUUUAGUUCAGCAGAUUGGCUUGCUAGCAUGGCUGCAUAAAGGAGAAGAUGCCAAGUCAUUGUACAAAAUCAUCACUGGCAUACGGGUCGGACAUGAACUGUGGCAUAGACUCAGUGGGCAAGAUGAAAUUGAAGCAUAUCGGGCUGAGACAAUUGGUGCAAUAGUAGACUACACCAAGAAAAACCCCAAGGCGAGCAAAGAGGACCUAGCAAAAAUGGUAGUCAUACAGCUCCAGCUAUUUGCGAGUAAAGUAGAUGCUAUGUAAUUAUUGUUAUAUGAUUCUUUUGUAUAAAUAUGUACAUUGUAUAAAUUCAUUUAUAUUCAUUUUAGUUGAGUAGAUUUAUGUUUUUUAAGUAUUAUAGUACCUAAUGUAUGUGUGGGCAUUACCAUCUCACAAUGAUUUUUCUAUCUCACUUGGUUAAAUUUGACUUGCAGAAAUAUGAAGAAAGUUGUACAUUAAAAAAAUCAACUUACCGGUACUCGAAAUUCAAAUGACAGAGUUUGUCCAGGUGUUCAAGGCUCAAUUAUUGAAUUACAGAUUUUAAAAAUCAAUCUUCCUUUUUUUCAAUUUUUUGGGACACAUCCUUGGAAAAUCAGGUUAUAUUGAGAUGGUAUACAUUUUAAUAGAUGUACAAUAUGUUAUAUGUCAUGACCAAAAUCAUUGUAUCUAUCCAUGUAUUAUGAAAUCUCACAAUUUGAUUUAAUUUGUAGGGUGACACUGAUUAAUGUUCAAAUUAAUUAAUUUUCAUGAAUAUAUGCAAAGGUCAAUUCUAAAUCAAAUUAGUCAAUUCUAAUUUUGAACAUUUUACUUUCAUGAAGAUCUACAAAGGCAAGGAACUGGCAAUGUUAACUAUCCAUUGAGUUGCUAUUUUAAACAGAACAAUUGUUAGAUGGUAACAUUAGAUUGCAUAUUAAAGUGAUAUGGAAGAGUAGUUCUGUUCACUGUUCGCAUGGACAUUCCUAUCGACUGCCUAACAUUUCUUGUUGUGCUAUAGUGUUCUGUGAUAUCCAUAUAGAGUCAAUUUAAAAUCAAAAGCAUUCAAGUGUAUAGUGCAAUGUACAGUGGAUGAGUCUGUAAAAUGUUUUAUUUGUUACCUUAAACUACUACUACUUUGUACAUUUAGUUUGUGAAAAGGGUUUAAGGUUACUAAAUGAGAGGAAAUGGCUGUUACAAAAAUCAUUUACUUGUGAAGCACUCUGCCGCUAAAUGCAUAACAUGAUAAUCGUAGCUCAGUUGUUGUUGCAUUGUUAUAUCUUGAUGUAUUUAUAAAAAUAUAAAAGACAUAUGCAUAAUUAUGUAGAAUAAAUGGAGAAGCUGGAGUCUGAUCUACUAUGUAAAAUUUACUUCUAACAUUGGAUACAAUGUUUUUUAUUUAGAUCAACUGAAGUACUGAACUCAUGUAUUGUUAUAUUUCUUAAUAUUAAGGUAAAGCAUGCAUUUGAACACCUAAAAACAGCAAUUAAAAGUAUAAGAGUUCUAAUCCCAAAAUGGUGCUCAUCACAUCAUGCCAUUUAGAUAAACAUGUUGUCAAGAGAAGUCUCUUUGAACUGAUAAAGAAGAAAUUUCUGGAUUUUGUUUAAAUAGUGAAACCGAAGCUCAGCUUUGAGUUACAGCAUGGAGGGUUUAUGUACCAGAUCAAACUGUACUAUUGUUAUAAUAUAUUAUCCCACUGCUUGUUUACUUGUACAUGUACAACAAUUAUUUAUGUAAUUAUUAAAACUGUCAGUCUAUAUGUAAUAAAUAUGGUAAAGUCAUUCAAA